AUGGAUCCUCAGGUUAAGCUCCCUUCUAAUCCCGACGAGAAUGGAGCGGUCGAUAUUCUUGCUUCUACGGUUCUGGUGAUCACCUUGGCGACUAUUGUUGUUUUGGCUCGUGUUUACGUGCGCUUGUUUAUGAUUCGCAACCUGGGCUGGGAUGAUGCCUUCAUGAUAUUCACCAUCGCACUGUCCUGGGCAGGCCAAGGUGUAAUCUUUGCACAGCUUGCCUAUGGUGGUGGAAAGCACAUUGGCGAUGUUGACCCAGAUGUCUACAUGACAGGAAUGAAGUUGAACUUCAUAAGUCAGCCCAUUUUCUUGAUAGCAAUUUGCGUAGUCAAAUUGUCCGUCGGGUGUGCCCUGCUUCGAAUCGCGUCUACCAAGUUCUACAAAUGGUUGAUCCUGUCUAUCAUGAUCUUUAUGUCUAUCUACACGAUUGGAUGUUUCUUUACUGUCAUCUUUCAAUGUACAGACAUCCGUGUCCUCUGGGAUCCAACCGUUCCAUCGAAAUGCUGGUCACAAAAGACAUUACAAUCACUGUCGUACACGAACUCCGCGUUUAAUAUCUUGACUGACCUCCUCUUCGCUAUUAUCAUUCCGACACCCAUGCUUUGGAAACUCAACGUGCACUUCCGCACACGAGUAACUCUUAUUGGCAUUCUCAGUCUCGGUGUCUUUGCCUGUGCAGCUGCCUUUACCAAGCUUGGAUACGUCACCAAUUACGGCAAGCUUGGUGACUGGCUAUGGGACUCUCGCAACAUCACAAUCUGGACCAGCGUUGAGCUCAACGUCGGUAUCAUCGCAGGCAGUCUACCAUGUCUGCGGCCGUUGUUCCGAAGAUUCCUUGGCAGCACCUAUGGCAAGAAUUCCAAGAAGACGCCAACAACAGGCAAUACAAAUUAUGGUCGCGGUACUCUACGAAGCGGUACCAUGCGCAGUGGCAAAAACUGGCACGUCUUGUCCAGUGGUAAAAGGGGUGAUGACGAGACAAGCAGUCAAAAGGCCAUCAAUAUUGGUCAACAGGAGUAUGAGCUUCGAGAUAGGAUAGCGAGUCCCUCUGGAGUGAUGAAUAGGACGACAGUGCAGACAGAGAUCGAGGGUAGGUCAAGUGAUGAGAGUGCUGGCAAUGCAGGAUACAGGGGCCAGUUUCAAAGUGGUAUCACAAAGACUAUGAUAACGACAGUCGAAAUUACCAAGACGGACUCUUCGCCGAGUCGAUGA